UCAUUGAUCAGAUCUUGUGAUCCAGACGGAAACGCCAAAGUUUCAUCACUCCAUUGGGAAAGAAGAAGCACUGAAUGAAUCGUCUUCUUCAUCACCCUCAUCUCCAAGCCUCCAGAGCUUCAUUAUAGAAGAGACAGACUCCUGUGGAGAUGUGGGUUGUGAUGUGGAGUCUGAGGAUGGAGAUGAGCUCGACACGGCUGGAUUAGCUCAGCAGGUCAAAGGGGCUCUUCAGCGGCUGAACAUCGGCCAGCGGGUGUUCGGUCACUAUGUGCUCGGUCUCUCUCAGGGAACCGUCAGUGAUAUACUGGCCCGACCCAAACCCUGGAGCAAACUGACCAGCAGAGGAAGAGAACCCUUCCUGAGAAUGAAGCACUUCCUGUCAGACCAGCACAGCAUCCGAACACUCAGCGACAUCCAGGAGAGACUGAGAGGUGUCUUCGUCCCAUGGGUUGGUCCUGCAGACGUGAGCUCAGACGACGUGAUCAGGAACAUCCUGCAGCAGGCCAAACACGAGAUGCAUACGACGAACGGCUCGAGUGAAGCACCGCUCCAGGAAGAAGAAGAAGAGGAUGAUGGGGCACUGGAGCCCAGCGUUCAGUCUCCGGCUGAUUUUGUCCAAAGCAUCAUCCAGAAAGUCAAAUGUGAACUGGAUGAAGAUACUGACCCCUCCGUUUCUCCGUCCUCCGUGAGCCGCUCGUUCCAGACACUUCCUGUGGAUCCGGAUCAGAGAACUCAGGUCUUUAACGGAUCAAAGGUGAAGACGGAGACGCGUCAGAGACCUCGCUCCUGUCCCAUCAGCAGCAGCUGUGAGCUUCAGUCUCUGGAACUGGACACCUUCAGCAUCACGCAGAGGGUCAAAGAAGCUCUCACCGUCAACAACAUAGGUCAGCGAGUGUUCGGCGAAGAGGUUUUGGGUUUAACACAAAGCUCUGUGUCUGAACUGCUGUCGCACCCCAAACCCUGGACUAAACUCAGUCUGAAGGGGAAGGAGAACUUCAUUCGGAUGCAUCUGUGGCUCCAAGACCCUCAAAACAUUCAGAAGCUCAACGCUAUGAAGAAGAUGGACCAGAGAGCUCGUCUCAAACGUGCUCUGAUUGGAUCAGACUGUGAAUCACACAGGACGUUAGAUGCCAGAGGACGCUGGUUUUGUGAUCAUUGGGGACGGUGUGAGGUGAUGAAGAGGCCGCGUGUCAUCUUUAGUGCUCAGGAGAGAGAAGCACUGAUAGCGGUGUAUCAGACAGAGCCGUAUCCGUCUCCACACACCAUCGAGAGACUCGCAGCACAGCUAGGACUGCACUCCAGCACUGUCAGCAACUGGUUCUACAACUACAGGUCCAGAAGCAGACGAGAUGGCUUUUCAGAACCGGUGCAAACCGGAACAUUUCAGAAUCCGGUCAGUUCUGGUCCGGUUUCAGCCAGUUCAGUCCGAAUCAAACCGGAGCCCAGUGACAGACAGAUGGAGGAGGACACAGAUCUGCAGAGAGAAGAGCACGAUCACGUCUUCACCAGCGUGAAGAGAGAGAAAGAGCUGUGA